AUGGAACAAAGUAAUAAAGCCCAUAGGAAGACGAAGGAGAAAAACACGGCCAAGAAGAAGUUGCAUAGCCAGGGUCACAAUGCCAAGGCCUUUGCCGUGGCUGCACCUGGGAAAAUGGCUAAGCAGAUGCAAAGAACCGGUGAUAAAAAUGAACGCAAGCUGCACGUUCCUAUGGUAGACAGGACCCCAGAUGAUGAUCCUCCUCCGGUUAUUGUAUGUGUUGUUGGUCCUCCGGGGACAGGUAAGACUACAUUAAUCAAGUCGCUAGUCAGAAGAUUGACAAAAUCAACGCUAACGGAGAUCAACGGGCCAGUGACAGUAGUCUCUGGUAAACAUAGAAGACUGACAUUUUUGGAAUGUCCUGCUGAUGAUUUAAAUGCAAUGAUUGAUGUUGCCAAAAUUGCCGACUUAGUGCUGUUAAUGAUAGAUGGUAAUUUCGGGUUUGAAAUGGAAACCAUGGAAUUUCUGAAUUUAGCUCAACAUCAUGGUAUGCCUAGAGUAUUGGGUGUAGCUACACAUUUGGAUUUGUUUAAGUCACAGUCAACUUUGAGAGCUUCUAAGAAACGCUUAAAACACAGAUUUUGGACUGAGGUCUAUCAAGGUGCCAAAUUGUUCUACUUGUCUGGUGUCAUAAACGGGAGAUACCCAGACAGAGAAAUUCUGAAUUUAGCCAGGUUCAUAUCCGUAAUGAAGUUUAGACCUUUGAAAUGGAGAAAUGAGCAUCCUUAUAUGCUGGCAGACCGUAUCACAGACUUAACUCACCCGGGAUUAAUUGAAACUCAAGGUGCACAAAUAGACCGGAAAGUUGCCUUGUACGGAUACUUACACGGCACACCGCUGGCUUCAAACCCAGCAACAAGAGUUCAUAUCGCCGGUGUGGGCGAUUUCCCUAUAAGCCAAGUGGAAAAACUUCCAGAUCCGUGCCCAACUCCUUAUUUCCAACAGAAGGUGGAUGAAUAUCAAAGGUUGAAAAUGAAAGAAGAAUCUUCAACCUCGACUGCGGCCACUACUACCAGAAGACGUAAAAGAUUGAAUGACAAAGAUAAAUUGAUAUAUGCUCCAAUGUCUGAUGUUGGUGGUAUUUUGAUGGAUAAAGAUGCAGUUUACAUUGAUGUUGGUAAAAAGAAUGAAGGUCCAAGCUUUGUGCCCGGUGAAGAAAAGGGGGAAGGUGAGAAGUUUGUCACUACCUUACAAAAUGUUGACAAGACCAUUGGAGAGAAUUUCGACAACGUCGGGUUACAAAUUUUCAGUAACAGUGCUGAAUUGCAUGAUGUUGAAGAUGAACAACAGGAGUCCUCUGAAGAAGAUGAGAAUGAAGAUCACGGAAGAUCCCAGAUGAGAAAGCCUAGAGUGUAUGGGAAAUCAAUUCAAGAAGCUGACGAAGAUUUGGACAAUUUGCCAAGUGAUGACGAAAUCCCGCAGCAUGAGGAAAUUGAUUUCGCCUUUGGCGAUGAAGAGAAUGGAAAAUUUGGCAGUGAGAGCGAAAGCGAAAAUGAGUUAAAUGGCCAAGAGGAAGGCUCCUGGGAAAGGAAUGCGGCAGGUAAGUUAAAUGUCAAUAUCAACCGCAAGCGUAAAUGGGAUAUCGGUAAAUUGAUAUACAUGGAGAAUGUUUCAGCUGAGGAUUGUAUCAAAAGGUGGAGAAAUGAAGACGUUGAUGAUGAAGAGGGUGGUGAUUCAGAUUCUGAUGACAGUAAUGAAGAAGACUUUUUCAAGAAGAAAGAUGAAAAUUCUUCGAAAGAAUCAAACCCAAAACAAACCAUUGAUUUGGAGCAGUUUGUUCCGUAUUUUGAUACUUUUGAAAAACUUGCUGCUAAGUGGUCAUCAGUAGAUUUGAUUAAAAACCGGUUUAUAAGGUCUGCCGUUGAAAGGAAAGCUUCUAGUAAAGCUACUGAUGUUGACCAUCCUGACAGCAACGAGGAUGAAGUCUUUGAUGAUUUCGAGGACUUAGAGGCUGAAAACGAUGGAGAAUUACAAAAUAAUGCUGUCGAUGAUAGGGAUGGUAAUGAGAGCGAUGACUCUUUCGCCAACUUUGAAGAGGAAGAGAAGAAGGCAUUGACUGUUGAGGAAGAAAGAGCAUUAAACGCAGAGAAGAAGGAGAAGUAUCUUACUCAAUUUGAAUUGGAAGAGGGUGAAAAUUUUAAGGAAGACGAUCCAGAUAACGAAUAUGGUACCUGGUAUGAACUCCAAAAGGCCAAAAUGGCUAAGCAGCUGGAGAUUAACAAUACAGAGCUAGACGAGAUGACCCCAGAGCAACGUCAGAGAAUUGAAGGCUACAAAGCUGGUUCGUAUGUUAGAAUCGUUUUUGAGGAUGUCCCUAUGGAGUUUAUUGAGAACUUUAAUCCAAAAUUCCCUAUCAUCAUGGGUGGGUUAUUGCCAGUAGAGCUGAAGUUUGGUAUCUUAAAUGCCAGACUGAGAAGACAUCGUUGGCACAAGAAGAUUCUAAAAACCAACGAUCCGUUGGUUCUAUCUUUGGGUUGGAGAAGAUUUCAAACACUGCCUAUCUAUACAACGACAGAUUCCAGAACUAGAACAAGGAUGUUGAAAUACACACCGGAGCAUACCUACUGUAAUGCCAGUUUUUACGGCCCAUUAUGCUCCCCUAGUACGCCUUUUUGUGGUGUCCAAAUAGUUGCGAACAGUGAUACUACUGGCGGUUUCAGAAUUGCGGCAACAGGUGUCAUUGAGGAAAUCGACGUUUCUGUGGAAAUUGUCAAGAAACUAAAAUUGGUCGGUUAUCCUUACAAGAUCUUCAAGAACACGGCAUUCAUUAAAGAUAUGUUUUCCAGUGCCAUGGAAGUAGCGAGAUUUGAAGGAGCUCAGAUAAAAACUGUCUCUGGUAUCCGUGGUGAAAUCAAAAGGGCAUUAUCCAAACCAGAGGGCCAUUAUAGAGCUGCUUUUGAGGACAAGAUUUUGAUGAGUGAUAUUGUUAUCUUGAGAUCAUGGUAUCCAGUUGAGAUUAAGAAAUUCCACAAUCCUGUAACCUCUCUUCUUUUGAAGGAGAAGACCGAAUGGAAGGGUGUAAGAUUAACAGGUCAAAUCAGAGCCGCCAUGAACCUUACUACACCAACUAACCCUGAUAGUUCUUACAAAAAGGUGGAGCGUGUUGAUAGACACUUCCAUGGGUUGAAAGUUCCAAAGUCUGUUCGAAAGGAUCUACCAUUCGGUUCUCAAAUACACCAAAUGAAGCCCCAAAAGAAGCAGACUUACAUGGCUAAGAGGGCUGUUGUGCUCGGCGGAGAGGAGAAGAAGGCUCGUGCUUUUAUGCAAAACGUCCUAACUUUAUCCAAGGCAAAGGACGAUAAGAAGAAGUCUAAGAAGGCUGAUCAACGUAAGGAGAGGUUAAAAAAAUUGGCUAAAUUAGAGGAGGAAAAGACCCAAAAAGACAAGGAAAAAAGAAAGAGUAUUUCGCACAUGCGGGGAAGAAGAGAAGUCGCGAUGACAACGAUGAAGGAUCGCGCAGAAAGAGGUAACCGCUGUUGA